GACGGUUGUCCGUCGAUCGUUGUCUCGCUCGAUCUUGUGCGGUUCAUGCGCAUCAUGGACAGUCUGUGCCCCGAGUUACUAUGCGGUGAAGACGUUGCACGUCAAACGACUUGCGGAGUACGGGUUCCGGAACAUUGCGGCUUGGAGUGUGCUGGCAUAACGCCUAUGGGACCGAGUCCCGCACACCUUUUUUUUUGCUCAUUCAACGGACGCACCCCACGGCUCCCGGUAUCUGUCAGGGCAAGAGCGUGGCCGAUCUCACUUGCAGUACCUGGCUUUCGCUCUUGGGGAAAAGUCUGGUUCAGUUACAGAGGACUGCGCUUUUCUUUCCCUCGCUCCCUCGCUCCCUUCCUUCCUUUCCCCCAUCGCCCCCCUUUUACCCCUUGA